GAGAGAUAGUAUACUGUAGUUAUAACUUAUAAAUUGAGAUAAUUGACUAUAACUCAGUAAUAUAUAUAGAGUUUAACUUAUUAUUUAUUAUCAAUAAUUACUAAAUAAUGUGAUAUUUUAUAUUAUAAUUUCAUUGAAACACAUGUUUGUCUAAUAAAUUUCGAAAUGUUUUUCAAUGGUUUUAAAUGCAAAGUCUUGCGGACCACUCGUCAGUUGAAACGAUUCUAUACUACAGAUAAAUAUCCAGUGAUUGGAUCGGAAGUCAACCGACAGACAAAUGAAUUCAAAACUAAUUAUGAAUCGAUGCAAACAUUAGUCAAUAACUUGAAAGCAUUGGUACGCAAUGUCAGUGAAGGAGGAGAUGAAAAAUCACGGUUAAGACACACUUCUAAAGGAAAGCUAUUAGUUAGACAACGGAUUAAUGAACUUUUGGAUCCAUUUUCGCCAUUUCUCGAGUUGGCCCCAUUAGCCGCAUAUAAUUGUUAUGACAAUGAAGUGGUCAAUAGUGCGGGCAUUGUUACCGGUAUUGGCCGUGUUAGUGGACAGGAAUGCAUGAUUGUGGCCAAUGACGCCACGGUUAAGGCCGGAACAUAUUAUCCUCUAACUGUUAAAAAGCAUUUAAGGGCUCAAGAGAUCGCUCAACAGAAUCGGUUGCCGACCAUAUAUUUGGUGGACUCCGGCGGUGCAAAUCUUCCACAUCAGGCCGAUGUAUUUCCCGACGUUAACCAUUUCGGCCGUAUAUUCUAUAACGAGGCAAUUAUGUCAUCGCAAGGAAUACCGCAAAUUGCUGUAGUGAUGGGCAGCUGUACGGCUGGUGGCGCAUACUUACCUGCCAUGGCUGAUGAAAAUGUUAUCGUUAAACGACAAGGAACCAUAUUCUUAGGCGGACCUCCUCUUGUAAAGGCAGCUACAGGUGAGGACGUGUCCGCUGAAGCUUUAGGUGGAGCAGACAUGCAUUGCAGUACUUCAGGUGUAACGGACUAUUACGCGCAUAACGAUAGACAUGCGCUUCAAAUCACUAGAAAUAUUGUGGCAAAUCUUAAUCGCCGUAAGAAAGUGGAACUAAAUAUAAGCGACGAAGUGGUCGAACCCAAGUUUGCGGCCACCGAUAUAUAUGGUAUCGUUGGAACAGAUCUUAAGAAGUUGUUUGAAGUACGAGAAGUAAUCUCACGAAUUGUCGACGGAAGUCGUUUCGAUGAAUUUAAAGCACAAUAUGGACCAACACUUGUCACGGGAUUUGCCCGACUUUUCGGUUAUCCCAUCGGUAUUGUAGCUAACAAUGGAGUCUUAUUUUCCGAGUCGGCCCUAAAAGGAGCUCAUUUCAUACAACUUUGUUGUCAACGAAAGAUUCCGUUAGUAUUUCUUCAAAAUAUCACCGGAUUUAUGAUUGGAAAAGAUGCUGAAAAUGGAGGAAUAGCCAAACACGGCGCUAAAAUGGUAACCGCCGUGACCUGUGCUCAGGUGCCCAAACUUACUGUAGUUAUAGGCGGUUCUUAUGGUGCGGGAAACUAUGGUAUGUGUGGUAGGGCUUACUCACCAAGAUUUCUAUAUAUGUGGCCAAACGCUAGAAUCUCUGUCAUGGGUGGAGAACAGGCGGCCAAUGUUUUGGCGACAGUUAAUCAAGAGAUUCAACAAAGAGAGGGAAAGAUAUUAAGUGACGACCAAAUUAAGGCCAUCCGAGACCCUAUUUUAGACAAAUUUGAGAGAGAAGGCAAUCCUUACUAUUCAAGUGCUCGCAUUUGGGACGACGGCAUCAUAGACCCGGUCGACACCCGACAUGUGCUCGGCCUUAGUCUCAGCGCUGCACUCAACGCCCAAAUUCCCGAAACAAAGUUCGGUGUCUUCCGGAUGUGAUGUCAAUCACUGAUUAUUAUUAUUUGUUAUGUUUUUUAUUAUUAAAUAAAUCUAU